AUGUACUGGCCCGUUGGCGCACCUAAAGCAUAUGCCUUAAGCAAGCACGCGACUAGUUCGUCGACUGCUGAACAAUCGGAAGAUAGCUUGCACGAGAGACACAAUGGCGCGACGGAGGAUGCGUCUGAGCAGACCGCAGAUACCGAGAAGAAUGCGAUAGCGACAGGCACAACCACAAAUGGCGUCCACAAUGCACAGGAGCAGAAUGCAAGUGAUAUCGAAAAUCACAUCUUGGCUGCCAGGCCGUCUCGCAAUGGCCAGAUGUUCGCGACCAUCACGAGGACUGCAGUGACUGCAUGGCAAGCUAGACCAGUGGUCGCUCUGGCCGCUGUAAUUCGCUCUGUCAAGUCAAUGCAGGCUUAUGGACCGAAUGUGGACCUCUUGGUCAGACCAGAUGGCACGGUGAUUAUCGUGCAGACGGCGCUGGGCUAUCUCAUCACUUAUACCUUGACGACAGAGUCAAACACGCAGAUUUACCGCACGCAGCUGCCCGAGUCCAGCCGCCACUCACGCCGAAGCAGUACUGCCGAUGGCUCAAGUAGCUAUGCACGGAACGAUGGCUUCCCAGAACCUGGAGCUGCCUCAAGCUCUGGUAUUCGUGAAGCCAUGCUGCGUUUCCGUAUGGUCAUUCGUAUCGACGCUGGCAUCAGCAAGGCAUUGGCACUGGAUGACGCUCUUCUGGUGGCGACGCAAAAGCCUGCGGCUAUGCAGUACAUACGCUGGGCGACCGAAGAAGGUACGCCACAGACCAGCACCGAGCUCCUCGGUCGCUUGAGUUGGUAUACGUCCAGUGGCUCUAUCUCGGACAUGGUGCAUGACCGCCCAAUGAAUGUCCUGUGCUGGAUUGCGGACGAUGGUAGUGCGUACGCUGUGCAGCGCCGUCAAGCUCGCGAGCAGCAGCCCAAUGCUCAAAACCCUGUGUUCAGUGGCUUCUGCUUUCGGCAACCCGCAGACGAGCAUGAUCUUGCCAUCAAGACAGCUAUCAAUGCACGCUUCUCACUCAUUGCAGUCGGCUCUACUACUGGACGGAUCGAUGUGUACGUCGUCAAAGACUAUUCCGGAAACAUACCAUUCUCUCAUGAUCAUCAGCUGCCAAUCGCGACCUCGAUUACUGGUGACUUGGUCCAGCUCAUCUACUCACCAGACGGCCACUGCUUGUUCGCUGGUUUUGAAAAAGGAUGGGCAAUGUGGAGUGUUUACGGCACGGCUCUGGCCAACUCGUUCGCUGCCGAGUCUGAGCCAACCAGUUCCAACGAUGAAAAAUGGCUCCUCGGCGUCAGGAGUGCUUUUUGGCUUGGUAACGGCUGCCAAUUGGCCAUUGUAGCGCCACGAGACGAUCGCAUAUGGAUGCUCGACGUGGCCCGUAGUGCAGCCACAGGAUGUCUCUCCCCUCCCAAUGUUUCGAAAGGGCUUCUAUACACUGGAAGCACCAUCAUAUUAUACAAAGGACAAGAUACAUCAGAUCUUAGCGCUCUGUCUUCUGACGCGUCAUUGCUGGAAACGACUCAGGUACCUAAGCACUACUCUAUCGCACAAUGGCCUGUUAGGACUGCUGCCAUAUCGCCUGAUGACAAAUACGUUGCAGUAGCCGGCAGCAGAGGUCUUGCGCAUUACAGCGUCGUAAGUGGACGCUGGAAGACAUUCGAUGAUCCAGCUGUUGAAGAUCAGUUUGUGGUCCGAGGUGGUAUGUGCUGGUUUCAACACUUCCUGAUUGCAGCUGUAGAGUCUGGAUCAAAAUAUUAUCUACGUGCCUACUCGCGCGAGAAGACGUUGGGCCGACCGUUGUACGAAGAAGAGCUUUCGGCGCCUGUGAUACUACUGACCAUGUCUGGUCAUGACUCUCUACUAGUAUAUACAUACGACAACUUCCUGCUCCAUUACAUUGUGGCAAUAUCCGGAAGCUCAGUCAAGCUUGUGCAGGUUGGCCAAAUCGGGUUCCACGGCAUUAUUCGGGCGCCUCCGCGAGUCCGUGCAAUCAGCUGGAUACUGCCUGAGGAUCAGCUCGAACACGGCGAUCCGUCGCAGGACGUGGCGAGAGCUACUGUGCUCUUUCUUGUCGAUGGAAAGCUCGUGCUCCUACAGCCUUCGAGCAACGAACGAGGUGAGCUGAAAUACGAUAUGCGAGUCAUUGCGCAGAACGUGGAGUACUUCAUUCUGCAACGAGACCAAGCUAAUGCGCUUGCUGCUCCGGAUACCAUCGACACUACGCCCAAUAACGAGCUUGGAGGUGGUCUCGGACAUAGCCUUCGAGACUCCUUAUGGUACUUUGAUGGCGAUUGCUAUCAUGUCUGGUCAGAUAUUCAUGAUGUCCUGGCCUCUGCACCUAAUGAGCUUGGCCGCGAUCUUCCAGCCACUGUCCGAGUACCAGUGGACUUCUACCCCGUCUCGGCAAUGGUUUCAAAAGGUAUCGUCAACGGUCUCGACACCGAGCUAGUACAACGCCGAGACGUCAACUUCUCAUUCUUCAGACACUUGACACGCACCCAAUUGUUCCUCCCCCGCCUCCUCCGACACCAUCUCGCAGAGUAUAAUUCACCUGCAGCACUACACCUGGCUAGCUCUUACCAAGACCUACCAUACUUUGCGCACGCCUUGGAGAUUUUGCUUCACGACGUACUGGAUAGCGAAGUUGACAGCCCGCCUACGCCUCCGGAGACAGCACUGCUACCCACGGUUGUCUCAUUUCUGUCGUCCUACCCAGCCUAUCUCGACGUGGUAGUCAACUGCACCCGCAAAACAGAGCUUCGAAGCUGGCGUACACUAUUCGCCUGUCUGCCUCCUGUGCAGCAAUUGUUCGAGCAGUCAUUGGAGCUGGGCAAGCUGAAGACUGCGGCGGGCUACUUGCUUGUGCUACAUGCUCUCGAGCAAGAUCAAGAAGGACUCCAGGUGUAUGAGUUUGCCAGAUUACUUUGUCGUGCCGCCAGCGAGCAGGACUGGGAGCUGUGUGGUGAGCUUGCGAGAUUCUUGGUGGGAAUCGAUGGGUCGGGCGAUGCGUUGAGGAGUGUCCUCGCACAAUCUGGGCUUGGUAAUGGCCAGAACGGAAGCGUAGUUCCGCAGAUGCCUGGCCAUGCUCAGGGGAGGGCUGCACGUGGGUCUAUCGCCGCACUCGUGAACCCACAGGCUGCACAACGGCAGGUUGAUUACUUCUCUUUGGGUGUGGAUAGCUGA